GAAACCCAUCGCGAAUGAAACGAGAGAGAAAUGUGAGCUGCUUUUUUGACAGACAAUUAUUAUUAUAGUUUCAAUGAAAUGCGAAUCUGAUCAGAAAACAACACGCGCAGUUCGUGACAAGUGUGGCUCGAUGUGAAAUGAGUGCGAAAAAAUUAAACGAAAGAAAGGAAGCAAAUUUUCGAUUAAAAACGAAUCAAUCUCUCGGCUAGUGCUUGAUUACAGUCAAUAGUUGAUUAUUUUGCUUCAUAUUCGAACUCAUCUGACGUCGUGAUGUGCGAGACGAUGGAGAUCUCCCUGUCUUUCAACAUAACAUACCGAUAGAGUGCUGCAAGGUGGUGAGUGGAGAUCCUGGUGUUGUGAUCUAGAAAAUAGGUGAAGUGUUUUCGUUUUCAUCGUCAGCCGUUCCGGGUUACCUGGACAAUGCAAAUUGCGCUUUGAGAAAGUGAUUGUUCGGUGUUUACCCCUACAAUUUGGUGGGCGUGAUACAAAAGAAGCAAAAAGUGUGCUGAAAAAUCAAGCUCUAAAUGAAUGAUAACCUUUGGUAAAAGUUUCGCACAUAAAGGAAGAGCAGAUUCGGUGGAGUUUAUUGAUUUUUGUGUCUCUUGCAUCGAAACCUGUUUCUGCGAAGCGUUGGCCAAUCACCAGCAUUUGUAGUCUUGCUGGUGCCUCGACUGCAUCGGAAUGCUGCUGUACUGAAAAAAAGUGGAUCUUCGUAGCCUUAGUCAAACAAAGAGGAAAAAAGAGACACAUAUUCGUAAAAGAUCGCAGAACUAGAGACAACUUAUAUCAAGAUCAUUUUUUUGUAGAAACAGACAAUGAAAAUUAUAGAAUGAUAGUACUCAAGGGAGAGCAAGGAUGUGAAAAUAUAGAACGGAAAAGUGAGACGUGACAGAGGGUCAUUUAAAACAAAGAGAAAUCGUUGGGCAGAGUGAAUUUCAUUUCAUUCAGGAGUUCUUGCUUCCAAUCGACGCAUUGUACCAGAUAGGCAGCAGCAUCAUCAUCAUCAACAGCAUCUUACGGUCAGGUCGUUAAAAAUUCGACCUGUUAUUUUUGGAAGUGCUGGUGGCAACAGCCACCAGCCGGGGUAGGCAAAGUACCAUGAAUGGCGGUAAAAAUAAGCAUCCUCACCCAGUGCGUUGGACGAUGUCACUAGUCGCUAGCUUGGGUAGACAACAAACAGACAAAACACAAACACCCCCCUGAAUCCACAAACUGUUUAGUGCCUCAAAUCGAAGCCGAACGCACCUGCCUUAGCCGGCCGAUCCUAAAACGAAGGCAGUAGCGCCACAGACGACGAACACCACUCAGCUGUGCAGCAUCGAGCGGCGUCGGAGUUGGUGGCACCGGCACAGGUAGUGGAGCAACAAUAUCCAAGUGGAAAAAGGAAAGGUGGAACAAUUACCCGGCGUUAAUCUGGGGAAAACGCUCUCGCGUCUGCUUUGAUUCAGUAUCGAUUCAGAGUUCACGCGAAACAGAGCCUCCGAGCUCGAACGAGUCAGUUGGAGAGUCGGAGUCCCCCAAAUCAACAGACAAGAUCUACCAGCAGAAUGAGCAUAACAUCCACCAGAAGAGGAGCACAGCAGCGAACAUCAUAACCUCGUUUUUUUCUUUUUUUGCCGAGGCAAAGAUUAUGUAAAUGAUCCGGUGCUUUUUUUUCUUCUCUUGUUCGAACGCGCCAUUGUGUUUCUUGACGAUUCUUCUGGCUGGCUUAGAGAACUCAGAGAUAUCGCUGAUCUGCCAGCGGUGCGAAGUGUGAAAGCAGCAGUGUGUUGGACGGGUGCAGCGGAAAACGGCCGGUUUUUACUGGACGACCGCGAGAGAGUGUGAGCAAGAGCGAGAGAACAACACGCGGUCUACGCGAAAUAUAAGGGAGCUUAAUCUUAUCACAAAAUUGCGCCGCUAGUAGUGCGCGAGAACCGAGUGAUUUCGCAAGUGCUCGGCGGUAUCGGGACCCAGUGGAAGCAAUUUAUUUUGCAUUACCCCGAAGCAUCCGUCAAUUGGCAUCCGUCACGAAGCAGUUCAUGGAAACCUUUGGUGCCGAGCCACGUGACGUUUGGGCUUGUAGUUUUUAAACUGGCGAAUCGCGGAUGAAACGGCAAAUGUCAUGUUUUUGUUUGGAUCAGCUGAACCAGCGUCUGUGCAGGCUAUGGUGAUACCACAAACGAGAAACAGAUUCCCGACAGCGAAGUACGAAGCGCAUCCGUGUUCCGUGUGGUAGUGUUCAAGUUGUAAGCAUAAUUUGUAGUGAAGAAUAAAUAAAAGCCGCAAGUAAGACAACACGAAAAAUGCUGACACCGGUGAAAAACAAUCAAAGGGCAUGAGCGUGGUGUAUGGUGGCCAGUAGAGGACGUCCUCUGCCACACGCUGGUACAGUUUCGCAGUGAUAGUGUCGCGGAAAACUUUCCAUCGACGUCUCGCAGAGUGGUACGUGUCGAAUUGUAAAGUGCAGUGAUCUGCUGAAUCGGAAAUAUGCCACUCGGUGAUUCGGCAGAAGAUUAUUCCGAGCGAAGAUUUAAAAGCUAAAUCGAAAGUGACUUAAACGGUGAUCAUUCUGUGUUUGGUUUUUGAAGUGGACAGAUCAGGCUCCUAUGUGAACUUUUAUUUAGCAGGGCCCACCGGUCAGAGAAGAUGUAUUGGAUACGGUCCAAAAAGUUGAAAGAGCGCCUGGCGCUCGGUUUCGGCGCCUCGCUUGUGUUGUUCACACUGCUGCUGGUGAUCGAUUUACAAAUGGAUCUCGGUGUGUCUCGAGGAGAUUUCAUUCCUUCCCAUGCGCGAAUACGUUUCGCCAGCGAGGAUGAUAAAAGCGGUAUCUACAAUGAGUUUCAUCGGAAGUUUUUGGCCAAAAGCAACGCUUCCGGUUCGAAAGAAUAUCUAACCACGAACCCACAUACUCGUGGCAGGACGGAUACGUCGGGAGCGGGGUUCCCGGGAAAACAAAUAACCACUACGCCACCACACGAUCGUUUCAAGGAUUUGACAGCGGUGGUGGUGGCGCCGAAAAACCGAAGAAAUCCGCAAUACUUUGAGCGGAUCGUCAUCAAAGAAGACUAUACGGAAGACAUAAAUCCGAGCCUGGCGGAAAUGCUCGAUCUGCGAGUGAGUUCCAAUGCAAGCAAUCUGGAGAAGUUUCAACUAUCGAUUACCAAAAACGAGCUUUACUCUAAGAGUGACCGACUCGUAGACGCUGUGAUUCAAGAUAUGAUUACGCUCCCGAUUAAGCACGUAGUUCAGAAAGAAGGUGGCACCCAGAUUAAACUGAUAAUCGAAUAUCCGAACGAUAUUCACGCUCUGUUUAAACCGAUGCGGUUCCCCCGGGAACAGCAAACGCUACCGAAUCAUUUUUACUUCACCGACUACGAACGACACACGGCGGAAAUUGCCGCAUUCCAUCUGGACCGGUUGAUGGGUUUCCGUCGAGCGAUGCCCGUAACUGGCCGAAUUUUAAACAUUACCACCGAGAUCGAAGCGGUGUGCGAUGAAAACCUGCUGAAAACAUUCUUCGUGUCACCGGCGCGCAACAAGUGUUUCCACGGCAAAUGUUCCUACUAUUGUGAUACAUCCCACGCGAUCUGCGGCAGUCCCGACACGCUGGAAGGUUCGUUCGCGGCCUUCCUACCGACACAACCGGAUACCCAGCGAAAGGUGUGGCGGCAUCCCUGGCGUCGGUCGUACCACAAACGCAGGAAGGCCCAGUGGGAAACGGAUCCGGACUACUGUUCCAUGGUACGCGACAUUCCCCCGUACGACGAAGACCGCCGACUGUUGGAUCUGAUGGACAUGUCGGUUUUCGAUUUUCUCACCGGCAACAUGGAUCGACACCAUUACGAAACAUUCAAAAUCUUCGGAAACGACACGUUUCCGAUUCAUCUGGACCACGGUCGAGGCUUUGGUCGACCAUUCCACGAUGAACUUACCAUCCUGGCCCCGUUGCUGCAGUGCUGCUUGAUCCGAUCGUCAACGUUGGAGACGCUUCUGCUGCUGCACAACGGCCCGAAACCGUUGUCGGAGCGGAUGCGGGAAUCGAUGGCAUCGGAUCCGAUCACUCCGGUUCUGUGGGAACCGCAUCUGGUCGCGCUGGAUCGGAGGAUCGGUAUCGUACUGCAGGCUGUCCGGGAUUGUCUCAAGAAGGCUUCCGAAGAGGAAGAAUUCGACGCUGGACAAAAUCAACUCGGUAACGGUGAUAGCUUCUCCUAGCGUUCCUAUCGUCAGCGGACGAGCCGACUCUACCAGAUACUACUAAUCAAUCAUAACAGUAACGGUGCAAAUCCAAUCGGCCAACGUAGAAAUGUGUAUAUAGGAUAAUCUGUGGGUUAUGAGUGAAUGAAUGAUGGACGUGCGAGAAAAUUGAGAGUGAAUGCUGUUUGAAUCAAGGCCGCGAAAGAGAAAACUGUGAAGCACAGAGACUGGCCGAUUUCCGUUAGUGAAUGUUGUGCUGGGCGGGUUGUUUAUUAGCUCAUUACAUGAUUAUCAUAAACUGAUAGCGGAUCGCAACAUACACAAAGAGAGAGAGAGAGAGAGAGAGAGAGAGAGAGAGAAAGAGGUUAACGAACGCAUGUCCGUGUACCGAAUUCUCUACGAUUGGACGGUUCCAAGGAAAUAAUUUUUACUAAAAUUAGAGAACUAGCUGUGAGACUGACAGGUUGCAAGCGGAUGAUCCCGCUGCAGUGAGAGGCCAAAGUUGUAAAUGAGCAAAACCUAAAUCACGAAGAAAUUAGCGAUCCCAUCUAGGAUCCGUUUAUUUACGUUUUAAACGAUAGAUAUGAUAUUAGAUGUUCUUGUUUCCGUUAAGUUUUACCAAUAUGAAAUGUGUACCACCCUCUUUUUUCUGUUAUCAUGUGAAAGUCUUCGAAGUGCUAGGCAUGUUCCCAUAAACACAUAUUUCUCGUGUAUAACGUAACAAGUGAGAGAUUGGAAUAUCAACCGUCUUCGUUCAAAGCCGUACUAGUAAAUGUCACUGAGAACCGAACAAAAAUAUACAAGCUCAUGUAUGAGCCCAUAUAAUCAAUCAAACAGAAUCAUCAUAAAAGUUCGACACUCAUUAGCAGGAUGUUUUUCCCCUCCAAUCAACGCUAUCCCGUUGCUGUUAUUGUUAAUUCGGUUCCGAGGACAAAUAUUACCACACCACCUACAGUGCAAAUUGAAACUUUCCUUUAUUUGUAGUAGAAAAAAAACAAAAUUAACCAAACGCCAAUAAAACAAACAAAAAUUACGUGGUGUCCAUCCAGCGGCCGAAACGGUGAGUGAUUACGACGAAAAUUGGGAUCAUUAAUCAAAUUGCUAUUGGAAUCCGUGAGUAUUGAGACUGUCGCAUCCGUGGUAUUUUGUUUUUUUCUUGUUUUUUGUUGUCAAUCGUCAAACGCUACCUGCUGAAAGAGUGAAGAUAAACGAAAAUAAUCAUAUUUUUAAUUGCACUUGUACAAUAAUUGGCAAACAUCAGUGAAUGUGGGAGAAGUGUGAGAUAGCAUUCAUUUUGAAAAAAAAUGUCCCCCAUCUCAUUCCCCGCACGCGUAGACUCGCUGAAUGAAAUAUUGGUUAUGUCAGGAAGCGGUAUGUCUCGGGGUAGCGAAAUAUGACUAAGCGAUGCGUUCAUCACCGAUGGCACCGACUGCCGUUCGAAUUGGCUCACGCAUCAGUUCGGGCUUUUGAUAUUUCAUUUUGGUUUCAAUCUACUCUACUAUUUUCUGUAGGGGAAAAAUGUUCGCUGAUUAUUUGCAAGUGAAAAAGACGAAAAGGAACCAUACGUUUUCCAGUUCUACGCAUAUUUUUUCGUACUCUUGUAAGGCUGUUUAUAUUCUGAUACUAUUUAUAAUUUAUUCGACGCUAGAGUAUAUUGUAUAGCAAAAGAUCAAUAAAGAAAAACCGUAGUCUAAGUAAAUUUGACAAAUAAAGUGAGUACCGUUGUUGUUGUUCACAGUAA